UUUGGAUGGGAGGAUUAUGAAUGAGACACCAAACAAACAAAGAUGGCGGAUGUACCAGAAAAUGCACCAGAACACUGCCCAGGUACUGCAAGUGAACAAGCAGGAAAGUCUGCAUCAUGCCAGGGCUGCCCCAACCAGCAGCUGUGUGCCUCUGGAGCCACAAAGGCCCCUGACCCUGCUAUUGCAGAAAUAGGUGAAAAGCUAUCAGUGGUCAAACACAAGAUCCUKGUGUUGUCAGGAAAAGGAGGAGUGGGGAAGAGUACCUUCAGCGCCCACCUGGCCCACRCACUGGCAAGUGACAACACGAAGGAGGUCGGCCUCCUGGAUGUGGAUAUCUGUGGUCCAUCCAUUCCCAGGAUCAUGGGCUUGGAGGGAGAACAAGUUCACCAAAGUGGUUCUGGCUGGUCUCCUGUGUAUGUGGAUGACAACCUGGCAGUUAUGUCUAUUGGCUUUCUGCUCAGUAGUCCUGAUGACGCGGUGAUCUGGAGAGGACCCAAGAAAAAUGGGAUGAUCAAACAGUUUUUAAGGGACGUUGACUGGGGGGAGCUGGAUUACCUCAUCUUGGACACCCCGCCUGGCACCUCAGAUGAACACUUGUCAGUCGUGCAGUACCUGAGCUCCACUCAUGUUGAUGGAGCGGUCAUCAUCACCACACCACAGGAGGUGUCACUGCAAGAUGUGCGAAAGGAAAUCAGAUUCUGUCAGAAGGUUAAGCUGCCGAUCAUCGGAGUGGUGGAGAACAUGAGCGGAUUUGUCUGUCCCAAAUGCAAGAACACAUCACAGAUUUUCCCCCCAACCAGCGGAGGUGCUGAGAAAAUGUGUGCAGACCUUAGUCUACCUCUGCUCGGUAAGGUGCCUCUAGACCCAAGGAUAGCACGGAGCUGUGACGAGGGCCGGUCGUUCCUCAGCGAAGUCCCUGACUCUCCUGCAGCCAGAGCCUAUCAAACUAUUGUGCAAAGUAUCCAGGACUACUGUUCUAACAGAGUGACAGAGACGCAGAGCACAAACUGACCCCCACACCCCAUCCUGCUGGGACUGAGAAAACGGAGACAAGAGUGUGGUAGAAAACUGAAUCACAAACACACAGAAGAAAACUCAAAGGGUCCAAAUCAAAAAUGACUCUCAAAUUAGCUUUGAUACAUAUUUAUUAUCUUUGUAGUGUGAGAAUGGAGCACUGGGGCAACAGAAACUUGUAAUUAUCAAGAUAGUGAUCAGUUUUUUUUUUUCUUAUUUUCUGAUAAUUCCUAAUUCAGAAUGAACAAGCUGGAUGCAAGGUGACCUCUUAUUCUUUGAAAAUAUUUUCUGUUUGUGAAUCUUUAGUUUAGGAACACAAAUCCAAUUUCUGCUUUGUGUAGAAAACAGCCCAGAGAUCAGAUUUACACAUCACACCAAGUUUGCUCUUAUAUCAUUUCUCAUCACCUGCUUAUGAAGUUUUUUUUUCUUACAAGUCUCUUGAUUUAUAAUAAACAUAUCAGCAACAACA